AUCCUGGAGUAAAAGCAAACCCUGGAGACCAGCUUUCCUCUGAUUGUUGGCUGUGGGUCAUCUUUAGGUUGUGGGUAUGAGGGUGCACUGGUGCAUGCUGGGAGUGACCGUGCUGCUGCUGUUGUGUGAGAUCAUCGUCAGUCAGCUGUGCAAGUCCCUCAUCACCAUGAUAGAUGGCUUCCACACUAUCUUCAUCGUCAUUCACUUGACUCUUCUCCACCCUCAGACCGGGAACAUCAUCAAACCCGUCACAUUCUCCUCUCUGGGAGCUGCUUCACCUUCACCUCAGCCCAACCUGGAGGCGCCUACAUGUACCUCGCACACACUCUCCUCCCCAGCAGCCUCCCCUGCAGCUCCACGCUGUGGUCUGUCCUUGCCUAGCAGCAGGAUCCCAGCUGUGGGUGUUUUCAUUUCUGCACUCCUCCUGACUUCUCUGUGCAUCUCCUACUUCUUGGAAAUCAUCGGCCAUAUGCUGGAGCCCCACCCGGUACAGCUGCCCCUGCUGCCCGUGGUGGUCGCAGCAGUCAGUCUGCUCUGUAAGAUGCUGCUGUUUGUGCUGAACUGGGAUCAGCUGCAGGAUGGGAGAACAGAGAGCUGUGACCAGUUAAAACCCAAAGUUUGGGUCGGAGAGGAGUCUGAAGGCCGGGAGCACACCGUCCAAUCAAAGGUUGGAUCUGCGGAACGCCGUUCUCUCCACGGCGGGGCGCUCGUCUUCUGUAAUCCAGGAGCUCCCAGCACGCCCACCACUGCCUGCAAAAACCAGCAAAAACAAUCAGAAAUCAGAGAAACGCAGAGCCGUGCUGCAGAUUUAAAUUCUGAGAGUCGCAACCCCGCAGAUAGUCAGAAUGCCUCCUCCUCCUCAGUCUGCCCCCUGUCCUUCAUUUUUGUCAUUCAGGGACUUUUCACGUCUCUUCUGGCUCUGAUCAACAGUCUGCUGAUACUAAUCAUCGUCCCACAGCUCCAGCACGGCUCUGGGCUUCACAGGGUCCUGGUUUACCUGGAUCCUGGCUUCUCCCUGCUGGCUGUGACUGUACUGGUCGCCACAACCGCACCGCAGGCGUACAGGUACGGACUGCUGCUGCUUCAGGCCUCACCGCCUCACGUGCCUGUGUCCGACCUCAAACGGAGGAUUGCCAGCGUGCCUGGAGUCCAGGAUGUGCACGAGCUCCACAUCUGGCAGUUAACCGAGUCCCUGACCAUGGCCUCUGUCCAUGUGCACUGCUGCCCCGGGUUCCCAGCACGCAGGUGUGCUGAGCUGAUGUCGGGGGUCACUAAAGUGUUGCAGAGCGUGGGGGUGAGCUGCUGCACGGUUCAGCCCGAGCUGACCUCGCUCCUCGGGGGUGCACCCUCCUCCCCUCCUCUCCCAGUCUGCGGCCUCUCCUGUGGGGAGUCCUGCGCUGCCAGAAUGUGCUGCUCUCUGCUGGAGGAGGAGACCAGGACGUGCAUGAGACCGGCUGCUGGGGACACAACAGACACUCUGGUCAUCCAGAACAAGUUCCAGUAAACCAGUCUGGACCCAGUUUAUGGUUUGAAUGGGAAAAAAAAAACUAAAAGGCCUCUCUUAUUGAUGCUG